UGCAAAACUUUUAAAAGAAAGCAUUCAACUUUGCUUCUCCCAUUCCACUUUCCCUGUGCUACCUCAAAGCCAAGAACAACCAAAGAGGUUUUUAAAGCCUUCUCCGUUCGGCUUCAACACAAAAAUGGAAACUUCUAGCAACUCCACAAACUCAUCUCUCUUUCAAUUGUUAGGUCUUAUAGAAGGCUAUGAUCAGCCUUCUGGUUCCACCCUUCCUCGUGUCAUCACCCUUCUCGCCUCGCUUCUUACGAAGAUGAUUCAAAAGAACGAAAAGCCAUUCCACACAAGACGCAACAAGGACGAAGAGAUCACUAUGUUCCAUGGCUCAAGAGCACCGUCGAUGAACAUCCAACGUUACACAGAGAGAGUCCACAGGUACGCUAGGUGUAGCCCUGCUUGCUUCGUUGCAGCCUUUGUUUACAUCAUUAGGUAUCUAGAAAGACCAGGGGCUACAAGUAUGACUCUUCGUCUCACAUCACUUAACGUUCAUCGCCUUCUCAUCACCAGUCUCUUAGUCGCAGCAAAAUUCUUGGAUCGCAAGUGUUAUAAUAAUGCUUAUUAUGCGAAAAUUGGAGGAGUUAGCACUGAAGAGAUGAAUAGGCUGGAGAGAACGUUCUUGUUCGAUCUUGAUUUCAGAUUAAAUAUUACAGCGGAGAUGUUUGAGAAACACUGUCUCAUGUUGCAGAGACAAACGGUGCCUUGUGGUUCAAGAAAACGUAGAACAGCCCUUGAAGAGAUGACUUGUGGUUGCCAAGCGAUCUAACAUAUACAAAGCCCAUAAGAUGCGCUUAGAUGUUCUUUUCUUCUGUACUACGUUUUAAACUAAUUUAUUUUCUCAUGAUUAUUUGAAGAAAUUGGAAUCAAAAUAUGUAUUUUCUUGAUAUCCAUUGAGAAACAUGGUGAUGAAAAAUUAAAAUUGGGCUAGUAAA